GUUUCCGGAAGACGUGGCUGUUGCUGCAGUGGCAGCUGUCAUCCAAAUUAUUUAAAAGAGCACUUAGAGGUUUUUUGUUUAGUUAGAGUUCCUCGUCUGCUUCUGUUGUGUCUCCACACAUUUACCUGGCGUCAGGAUGAUUUCGCUAACGGACUCCCAAAAGAUUGGAAUGGGAUUAACAGGCUUCGGCGUGUUUUUCCUCUUCUUUGGGAUGAUUUUGUUCUUUGACAAAGCACUUCUGGCCAUCGGAAAUAUCCUGUUUGUUGCUGGACUUGCCUUUGUCAUCGGGUUGGAAAGGACCUUCCGCUUCUUCUUCCAGAAACACAAGAUGAAGGCCACCAGUUUCUUCCUGGGAGGAGUGUUUGUGGUGCUGAUUGGCUGGCCUAUCAUCGGCGUUGUGUUGGAGAUCUAUGGUUUUUUCCUCUUGUUCAGAGGUUUCUUCCCAGUGGUUGUAGGCUUUAUCAGAAGAAUACCAGUCCUCGGCUCCAUUCUAAACCUGCCCUUCAUCAGUGCAUAUGUGGACAAAGUGGGCGAGAGCAACACCAUGGUAUAACAGUGACUUUUUGUACCCAAAGAAUGCUGAGUACAGCAGGUUUUAUAAAGCAACACAAUCUCCCUUGGCGCUGAUUUAAAGCAGCUAAACGUUCAGAUUUCCCCCUCCAGCAGGCAAAGACUGUUUCCUGUCUGUCUGCAUUUCCACUGGCCGGUGCUCCCACUCAGAGGUUCACCAGAGUGUCACGGCACCCGUCUGUUAUUAAAGGAUGGAGCUACAAAGGUCACUACAGUAAAUAUUUUGAAUGCUAUGGAUCUCUUCACCAUUGACAGCAUCUUGCAUGAAAGUGGAGGAUGGAAGACUCCCUUGAGGCCUCAUCGACUCUGUCUACAUGACUGUCUUGCCCCGUGGAGCUCAUAUAGAAAACUGCCCACCCUCCACCAGGGUGAGAAGGGGGCCCACAGCUUGCCAUGUUGUCACGUUUCUGUGCCUGUGCUUUAACUUUAUUUAGACAAAAGCUUUAAAGUCCAGCAUUUUGUCUCUUUGCCGCUAUUCUGUGACUUUUUUGUUUUUUCUGUCUUGCAGCUUUUUGAAUACCAGAUGUGGAGUUGUAACAGUUCUUUUGCCACAUGUAAUUCCUUUCUACGGUUGGCUAGGAGGUCAAUAUACUUAGGUAUAAAUUAUUUUUUAAAUGACCAGUGUCUGACUUCAUGUAUGGUGAGGUGCUAUAGGAUCAUACUAGUGAAUGUUACGUUCUCCCCCUAAACUGUUAAAUGUGAAUAAAAUUAAAGUCUGUUCACACCAGAAUUUGGCAUAACUUAAGUGCUAGACGGUUGGCAAUGUACCGACGACACACGAGGCUAACCGCUAACCGUGAACUAACCGUUAACACACCGGCCAGCUGGGAUCAUGCUGUCCAAGUUAGCUGAUUUUCUAGUGGUCGGUAACCACCUCCUGCCAACUCCAAUGGAGUUUAUAAAAUACAAAAUAAAUACAAAGCUUAAUUUAUUCAAAAAAAAAGAAAAGAAAUGGUGUUAAACAUAAUCCACCCAUGAAAUGUAUUGCACCUGGAUAUUAUUGAGGAAACCAUUCAGUUGAAAAGGAAUGCAGUUUCUUAAAGACUGGCUUUUAAGAUGCAACACAAAUAAUAGGAGGCAACAGCUUCAACAACAUCCGUCUGCGUCUAAUCGUUCACUGAAGCUGUGCUCAGUAUGCGGGCUGUGACAGAGAGCAGAGCUGCUCAGAGCACUUCAAUGGCAGUGAUCAGGUUUUCUGUCAAACUCUGGCUGUUUUAAAGUUGGUGUGACCGAGAUUUGAAAUGUGCUGCAUUUAACUAGUAUGUUACAAGAAACGUUAAAUGUUUUUUUUUGUCCUUGUUGUUUUUUCCAGAAGCGAACUUGUUUCCUGGUAAAUUUAAGCAUUUUGGGGCUUUAAUCCUAAUCUGUGUUCUAAAUUUGCAUUUCUCUAAAAAAUACCCUUAAUGUUAACAAAACCACAUGUUCACUGUCGUAGAUUAUUUGAUGUGAGCAGCUUUAUUCUCUGCAAUCUGAUUUCAUAGCAUACUGAACUUAAAUGAAACUUUGAAGUUAAAAACCUCGUCUAUAGUAUAUAGUAUAUGGUAUCUCUGUUUUGUUUUUUGUUUUAUUAAAUAAUAUUGCCAAAGCUAUAGAAUUGGGACCCAAGUUGUAAUAAACUGAUCCUAAAAUGGAUUAAGACAUGAAAAACACUGGUAUGGUCCUUCAGAGCAGAAACAUCUCAUAACAAACCUGAGGGCUUCAUUUCAACACUGUAACACUGUGAAGCAGCUGCAGCUUCACAUGUCUGUGGACCUUCAGAUCUCUGUAUUUUAUGUUUCAUCGACUGUACCACUGGGAGAUACGUGCUCCUCAACUCCUUUCUUCCUGUAUUCUUUUGUCCAGAGUCCUCUGAACUCUUGCUACACAAAUUUUAAAUGUACAAAUUCUCCUGUUUGCAUUUGUUGUUGGAGAGAUUUUUUUUUCCUCAUUGCCAACGUCAGCAAGAGCUGAAUAAAUAGAUUCUUCUGCUGGGGGUCUUUCUGCUGAAAGCAUCCAGAAAACUGAAAUUAUUUGUGAAGUGACACUGUUUUGCUGUAUGGCACUUUUGUAAAUAUACUAUAGAAGUUAGCUUUGUAUCAGCCAA